AUGGCUGAUGUGAUAAAGAAGAGGCAACAAGAUGUGGUGAGGUUUCUAGAAGCCAAUCGUAUCGAGUUUGAAGAGGUGGAUAUCACAAUGUCAGAGGAGAAGAGACAGUGGAUGUAUAAAAACAUUCCUGAGGACAGGCAGCCCGCGCAAGGCAAUCCGCUGCCACCGCAGAUAUUUAGUGACGAUCGGUACUGUGGAGAUUAUGAUGGCUUUUUUGAAUCAAAGGAAAGUAACACUGUCUUCUCCUUUCUUGGACUGAAACCUAGUUUGGCAUCAAAGGAGUCAGAACCCUAGGAAACCUCUCUGAAGCUUCAACAAGCCCAUCUUCUGAAUGAACAACCCUGCUCUUAGCGCACGAUGGCUUCCCUGAUGGAUCACUGUGAUAGAGCAACACGCAUCAUUGUAUGUUCUGCUUGCCACUGGGAUGGUGCUCACCAACUGAAUGGAGUUAAUAACUUACCUAUGAAAUGGG